AUGGCGGCACCCACGACGACGGCGCCGUCGCUUUUGUCGCCGACGCAGAGGUACGCCGCCGGCGCAUUGUUCGGCCUGGCUCUGCACGAGGCUCAACUCAAUCAAACCAACCCGUUACCGUUACCCGUUUUGGAGGACUCCCACUGCGAGGGACGAAUCAGUAGUAGCUCCAGCAGCGACUCGGUUUCCGAGGACCCGGAUCUUUGGGUCCACCACAGUUCGGGUUUGCUCCGCCCCGUUUUUAAGUUUCUUGAAAUUGAUUCCGCUGCCUGGUCUGGACUAGAGGAAACCGCUGGUUCUUCUUCAGCUACGCAUCACGUGGGACCGUUCUUGAGGUUACUUUCACAAGAAUUGGACGAUGACUCUUCUCAAACGAUAGAUCAAGAACUAGCUUUGUCAAGUGCAGUUGAUGGUAUCACACGUGACAUGCUGCAAAACUUAGAGUUUUCCGAGUCUAAAAGGGAGAAGCUUCGCGAUUAUGAGCAUAAAUGUCGUGAGAAGUUCUCGAUCGAUGAAGUUCAGCCUCAUGGUGAAAAGUUGGAUGAGAACUUGGAAGAACUGCAGGUAAUGGAAAUUGCUCCUUUAGUUGACUGUAGAGAGCCGCAGCAGGGGUCUGUUGGUUGGAAGAUUGACGAGAGACCAAUUGAGGAAGUAAUGAUGCUGAGUGAUCAGAGGAAGGUGACAGUUCUGUAUGAACUCCUGUCUGGUUGUUUGUCAAAUUUAGGUGAAGAUAUCGGGCGGAGAAGGAAGGGCUAUGAUGCUCGACAUCGUGUGGCUCUGAGGUUGCUCGCAACAUGGCUUGAUGUCAAGUGGACAAAAAUGGAGGCCAUUGAGACCAUGGUUGCUUGUUCUGCAAUGGCUAUUAUUAAAGCGCAAGAAUCAAAAAAUGAAGAAACUCAAUCAAAAGAAAGCAAGUGGGCUAAGAUUAAGCGGGGUGGUAUAAUUGGUGCUGCUGCAAUAACUGGUGGAACUUUGUUGGCUAUUACUGGUGGGUUAGCGGCACCGGCCAUUGCUGCAGGUCUAGGUGCUUUGGCUCCAACAUUGGGUACUCUGAUCCCCGUAAUUGGAGCAAGUGGAUUUGCUGCAGCUGCUAGCGCUGCAGGAACUGUUGCUGGUUCUGUUGCUGUUGCUGCAUCAUUUGGAGCUGCUGGAGCUGGACUUACUGGAAGCAAAAUGGCUCGAAGAGUUGGGGGAGUUGAUGAGUUUGAAUUCAAGGCUAUUGGAGAAAACCAUAACCAAGGCAGGCUAGGGGUUGAGAUCUUAAUCUCUGGAUUUAUCUUUGAGAAGGAAGAUUUUAUAAGGCCAUGGGAAGGACGGAAUGACAACAUGGAGAGGUACAAUAUUGCCCUUAAAUGGUCAAGAACACCUUGGAAGGAACACUUGAUGUCGAUGUAUCAUGAUGAUAGAAAAUUACCUGUUCUAUUGAAAUCAGCUUGUAUUUUAGUUCAGUUUAUCUUGAAACUGUACUGUUAUUAUUCUUAUGAUUGA